AUUGAACCUAGUACUAGUAUUGUAGUACAGCGUGGAACCAACGGGACCGCUGCUCGGCUGGAGGUGAAAAAUGAUCCACGCCACUGGCCGAGAAUAUAGAUCCAGAUCCCUGUGAGACCGACGUCAGAGAGAGGAGAGAGGAUGGCUGCCUUCAAGAAUAACUUCUGGGGGGAGAAGAACGCAGGCUUCGAUGUGCUCUACCACAACAUGAAACAUGGCCAGAUUGCCACCAAGGAGCUGGCAGAGUUUGUACGGGAGAGGGCCGCGAUCGAGGAGACCUACUCAAAGUCCAUGAGCAAGCUGGCUAAGAUGGCCAGUAAUGGAAGUCCCCUGGGGACGUUUGCCCCUAUGUGGGAUGUGUUUCGAGUGUCGUCUGACAAGUUGGCUCUGUGUCACCUGGAGCUGAUGAGGAAGAUGAAUGACCUUAUUCGUGACAUCAACAAGUAUGGAGAUGAGCAGGUCAAAAUCCACCGCAAGACUAAAGAGGAGGUUGUGGGCACCUUAGAGGCGGUCCAGGCCCUGCAGGUGCAGAACGGUCAGCUGCAGAAGGCCAGAGAAACCCAUCACGCCCGCUGUCUGGAGCUGGACCGACUGCGCAAGGAGAGCGCACCUCAGAAAGAGCUGGAGAAGGCGGAGCAGAAGUCGAAGAAGGCGGCGGAACAGUUCUCCGGCGCCAUUGAGAAGUUCAACCGCGUGGGCGGCGACUUUGAGCAGAAGAUGAGCGACUCGGCGCAGAAGUUUCAGGACAUUGAGGAGGUCCACCUGAAGCAGAUGAAGCAACUGAUUAAGGGCUAUUCCCAUUCCAUAGAGGACACACACGUGCAGGUCGGACAGGUCCGUGAGGAGUUUAAGCAGAACCUGGAGAACAUUGGCAUCGAGAACCUUAUCCAGAAGUUCACGGACCAGAAAGGGACAGGGAAGGAGAAGCCAGCUCCAGUGUGUUUUGAGGAGUACCUGUCGCCCGUAACUGUGGACAUCGGGAAGAAGAGUCGAGGGAAAGCCUUCCGCAUCCCUGGCCUCAGCAAGAGAGACAAGGAGCCCGACUCCACGGAUUCAGCAGUCACUGAGGCACCAAACUCUCCUCUGGAGGUGGAUGAGGAGGGCUUUGUGAUCAGAGCUGAUGGGAAUCAGAAUGGCUGUUCAGUUGAAAAGGAGACCAACUUCUACUCCAGCGACUCUGACUUCGAUGACGAAGAGCCUAAGAAGUUCAACAUCCAGAUCCGGCCGGUGGCCAGCAGUAGCCGUGGCAACGCAGCGGCCCACGAGUUGGAGCUGAAGGCCACAGUGGGAGCUCUCUCUCUGCCCCCCAACACCGGGGUGUCCGUGAAACGCCAUCUCUCUCGGAACUCCAGCACGGCCGGUGGGCGCUCAGAGGGGGAGGGAGAAGUGGCCCCACAUAGGGAGGGGGAGCAGAGAGGUCUGCGCAGAUCUACGUCCAGUCCUGAUCCCAGCAGGUUGACCUCCUCAGCGUCGGGUCCUGAUGCCUUGUUUGGUCCCCCGCUGGAGUCGGCCUUCACAUCCAGCAGCUUCACCGGGCGGGAGCAGCUCCAGAGUGCCUUCGGAGCGUCUGAAUAUGCUGCCUUUUCCUCUGACUCCUCCUCUCCUGAGAACGUGGAAGACUCUGGUCUGGACUCGCCUUCCCAUCAGCCCCUGGGGCCGUCCCCGGAGCCCAGCGGUUGGGCGGCGUGGCCCCCGGCGGCCCCUUCUCAACUGGGUAAAGAAGCGUCUUCUCUCCGCCGCGCCCCUGACCCCUUCCUCUCCGCUUUCAGGGACCCCUCCCCCGCCCUGCCUUCCCUCACGCCGGACGAGGUAUCGGGGAUCGUGUGGGGGGGGGUGUCCCACUCGCCUUGCGUGCCCCCCGAGGUGGAGGGCAGCGCCUUCAGCUUCCCGCCGUUCUCGCGCUCGAUGGCGCUGCCCGACAUGGAGACGCCCGUGUGGAACUGUAAGCACAUCCCCCCAGAGGACCCCUUCCUGGCCGCGUUUCAGCCACCCAACCACCAGGAGGCGCUGGCGCACCCACUCCAGCAGCAGGACGCCUGGGCCCCGGCACCCAACCCUGCCCGCGCCUCUCACACCCACUCCGCCCCUCACCCCCACCCUGCACCUCACCCCCACCCCCACCCUGCCGCCGGCCCUCACCCCCACCUCUCCCGAAAGAGCCACGCCCCAGAGCCCUUCUCCAUCCCCCUUAGCAAAGACGGCACCAGGACUCUUCCUCCCCCGUCCUCCACCUCCUCUUCCUCCUCCUACUCGCGUAAGGACAGGAAACGAGACCGCAGUGCCCCGCCCCCUCUGGAGCCCCCAUUGGACAAUCCCUUUGCCAUCACCAUGAUUGGCAGCCCCACUCACCAGGCGUCUUUGGCCGCUGCCGUGGUAGCCACCACUGUGGUCCACGGCCCGAGUGGUAACGGUAAGCCUCCCGCCGCCCCCUCCACCGCCUCCAUCCCCAGGGCCCCCAACCCCCCCGGCGCCAAGAAGGAGCUACACCACUGGGGCUCGGGGCACAACCCCUUCAGCUGUGGCCACCAGGGGGCGCCAGGGGGGCCGGAGGGCUGCAGGGGGGUCAAGCAGAGAGGAGGGGGGGGCGGUGAGGAAGAGUCACGCCGGAACGGGCCCCCCCUCACACGGCAUUCUGGGCCGCAGGAGGACCUGUGCUUCUCCACGGAUAAGGACCAGGACUGUCUGGACAUGAGUCAGCCGCCCUGCAGCCGCGGCCCUCACACAGGUGCCCAGCACAGUGUCAGGCAGAAUAGCUCAGAGCUGUUGGUGGCGGCUCCUCCUCAUCAGGUCCGACCCAAGAGGACUUCUGGGCCGCGGGGUGGCUGUGAGCGCUCCAGGUCACUGUGCUCCUCGCCGCUCCCCGACCCCAGCCCCUCCCUCACCUCCUCCUCCUCCUCCAGCCCCAGCGAAUGGGGGGGCCAGACCAGAGCACCCAGCCCCGCAAGAGUGGGUCUGUCUCGCGGCCCGAGUCCCAUCUCCUUCAGCACACAGGAGGCCUGGCCAGUAGCCGCAGCCAUCACAGAAUACAUCAAUGCUUACUUCAAAGGAGGACAACACAAUCGAUGCCUGGUGAAGAUCACGGGGGACCUGACCAUGUCCUUUCCUGCUGGGAUAACACGCUUGUUCACGGCCAACCCCAACGCUCCCGUGCUCAGCUUCCGCCUGCUCAACAUCUCACGCCUCGACCACUUCCUUCCCAACCAGAAGCUGCUCUACAGUGACCCCUCCCAGACAGACCCCGACUUCAGAGACUUCUGGUUCAACAUGCAGGCCUUGACCUUUCACCUGCAGAGGGAGGCGGAGCUUAACCCCCAGGCCUCCUACUACAACGUGGCCUUACUUAAAUAUCAGGUGUCGUCUCAGGACCCCGGGCGUGCCCCGCUUCUGCUGUCCGCCGAGUGCCAGCGCAGCGGCACCGUCACCCGCAUCUCCCUCGACUACCACUGCUGCCCGGCAACCGCCCCCGCCGCCCAGCUCACGGCCGUGCAGGUGCUGCUGCCACUGGACCACACGGCCACAGACCUGCAGUGCCAACCGGCCGCAUCCUGGAAUGCGGAGGAGAGACGCCUGUUGUGGAAGUUGCCCAACCUUUCCCCAACCAAUCACAGCAAAGGCUCUGGCACGCUGUGUGCUAGCUGGCAGUGCCUGGAGGCGCCGCGUGGGCCCCCGCCCAGCUUGGCAGUGCAGUUUGUGGGGUGCGGGGCGUCGCUGUCGGGCAUGGACCUGGAGCUGGUGGGCACCCAGUACCGCAUGUCUCUGGUGAAGAAGCGCUUUGCCACAGGGAAGUACAUGGCGGGCUGCUCUCUGUGAAGGAGCCACGACACCCUGCUGAUUGACAGGGGGGGGGGGGGGGGCGGG